AUGUCUGACUAUGGAGCUAGAGCAGUAGUGGUGGUCAAUCAGGCCGGGAAACUGAGAUUCAGAGUCUCAAGUGUAAUGAUGAACCCCCGUACCAGUGCCCAGGACGUGAUGCUGUGUGACCUGUGUAAGACCGCUGUGGUACAGGUGCACUGUGAUACAUGUCUUGUCAACCUGUGUAAGGCCUGUGUGGGAGAACACUUCUCUGCUGAUCUCUCAAAACCUCAUAAAAUUAUUGACUUCAAGGACAGAAAAUCCACCCUUCUAUACCCUGCAUGUUCAUUUCACAUCAAAUACCAAUGUACAAUUAUUACAAGCAAUAUAGAUAGAUAUAGAUAUCUUCCACAGAGAAUUCUGCCAUCUUUGCCUAAAUUCAUUCCCGGCAGAAUUAUUGGAGGAGAAAUUGGUAAAUUAUUUGGAGCGCUAUCAUCAAGUUCUUUGACUUCAGAUAAACAAAGCUACAGCAUGAAAACAACACAGAAAUUACAAGAAACUGGACCCCCUCCUCCAGUCAAACUGCUGCUAAAUGAACAAGAGACUGUCACCACCAUAGACACUGAUAACAUUUAUAAUGUGGUCUGUCUGAAUCAUGAAGAAAUUUGGACAAGUGGACGCGACAACACAAUGAAACUCUACAGCAUCAAUCAGGGAUCACUACUCAGGUCAAUCAAAACCAAGUCAGGAAAUAUACCAACUAACACAGCAGUGACAAAAAAUGGAGAUCUAGUUUAUACUGAUUUCUAUGAUAGAACUGUGAACGUUGUGAAGAAUAAGAAGAUAGAGAAGGCGAUCCGACUACGGAACUGGAGACCUUUGAGUGUCUGUAGUACCUCCUAUGGUGACCUCCUGGUUAUCAUAGAAAGUGAUGACAAUAAAUCAACAAAAAUUAUCUGUUACUCUGGUUCCACAGAGAAACAAAUCAUUCAGUUUGAUGAUGAAGACCAGGAUGGACAGUUCCUCCGUUACAUAGACUGUGGACUGAGUAAACCCUGGGGACUGUGUUUAGAUACAGAUGACAAUCUGUUUGUUGCUCAAAAACCAACAUUCAGUCCACGAGGAAUCACCACAGACAGUCAGAGUCACAUCCUUACAGCUGAUAAUGGCAAUUACUAUGUCCACAUCAUAGACCAGGAUGGACAGUUUAUCCGUUACAUAGACUGUGGACUGAGUGUACCCCGGGGACUGUGUACAGAUACAAAUGACAAUCUGUUUGUUGCUCAAAGGGGAAACGGACAAAUAAAGAAAAUCAAAUAUCUCAAGUGA